CUCAGUCUCAGAGUAAUAAAGAUGAAUAUCUUGACGUCCAUAGUUCUUUCUUUUCUAAUUGCCAAUGUUUGCUCCGCAAAUGUCGGUGGUUCUAAACGCAAUCUACUUAGAGAACAUCUAGGCUGGAAUGAUGCUGACCAUGAGUACGAGACGACCGAGUCAGGGAACGAACUUAAGGAAGCCUCAUUUGAGUGCCGCACUUCAGGAAUGUAUCCCGAUCCAUUCGAUUGCAACAGGUACCAUCAUUGCGCUCGCCAUGGGAACGACGGCGAUUGGAACAAGACCCCUUUAGAACACUUCAGCGAUACAUGUAACUGUGGCUACGCGUACAACUCGAGAACAACCUUCUGCGACAUCUCGAUCAGGAACAACGGCACGUGCAACAAUAACCCUAUCACCACGUGUGAGCAUCCGGGGCAAAACGGCAGGAUGGAACACAAUCCUUCGUUGUACUUCAUCUGUCAAUAUCAUCAUCAAAAUGGACAGCUGUAUCCCUUCAUGUAUGCUUGCGAACAUGGUAGAAAGUAUAACGCGUACAAGUACCUUUGCGAGUAGUGUUUUACAAGUAGGAGUUGUGCUGAAUUGUACUAGAUAAACACUUUUUUACAUUUCAGCUAACAUGGAAAUAAAAA